UCCUUCUCCCAACCUCUCCAUGGUUCUGACCCAUUGUCAUUACCCUCUUGCUCUUGCAUCCAAAACUCCCAACUUUCCCAGAAGUUUCUCUCUCCUAUAGAGCCCCAGAAACAGAGUUUUCGAUGGCUGAAAAAUCUUUUAAGAAAGAAGAGGAAGAAGAAGAGCAGGAACAAGAAGGUACUGAACGUUAUGAUGAUCAUGAUAAUGACGAAGAUGAAGAAGCCGAUGUUGAUGAGGGUAAUGAGGGAGAAGAAGAAGUUGAAAAGGAGGAUGAGCUGGGACUAGAGUAUGGAAGGAAGAAGGUGAUGAUAAGGGUAGUUUCAGCUGGACAGAGGCUUAGUGCUAUGGUACCCUUUAUGAAUGGUAGUAGUAGUAGUGGUAACAAUAUGAUCAGUGGCAUUGACUCAUUACAUUGCCAGGCUGAUGAAUGUGUUGUGGACUUGAGAAUGGGGAAGACUUAUCACAAGCGACAUAAGGUUUGCGAGCACCACUCUAGAUCCCCUGUCGUUUUAGUCAGCGGCGUCCGCCAGAGGUUUUGCCAGCAGUGUAGCAAGUUUCAUGAAAUUUCAGAGUUUGAUGAUGACAAAAAGAGUUGCCGGGAAAGGUUGGCUAGUCAUAAUGAGCGCCGGAGAAAAACCCCUUCAAAACUUAAAGCAGAGGAUGAACAGAAGCCAUCAGAGUGCAGAAUGAAUGGCAGCUUGCUGAAAGCCACGAGAAAUUCAAAUUGUGGUGAAAUGAGUGAUCUUCGAGGGAGCCCCAAUAUGAAGCAUUCUCGAGUUAAAUAACUGCAAGUUAGCCUCCAACUUUGUUUUAGAACAUUUAUAACUUCUUAUGUAUUAUCUUUGACAGGAAAGAUUCCUAUAUGCCUUGAGCAAUCUAGUGAUAACGGCCCAAGUCAAAGGGUUAUUAAUUUUAGUAGCAUGGGAUAAUUUUAGCUUCUUAUCUGUCAUGUUACUGAGUCCUGUACAGAAGUGACUUUUUUGUGGUAUCAUGGGUUAUUCAUUAAUGUGUAGUUG